CUUAAAUAGCUCUAGCUUCGAUCGCCACCACACCCGAAUUUACAGAGUUGCCUAGAGUCUUGGGAUUAUUUGAAGGAAGAUAGUUCAAUGGACAAAAAAAUUGAUACAAAAGCCGCGAAAAUACUGAAUCCAUGGACAGCAUACUCGCGACUAUGGAAUAAGACAUUCCUGGCUUCAUGUGUGAUUGGAGUUUCGAUCGAUCCAUUGUUCCUCUACAUUCCAAUUGUGAACGAUGACCGAAAAUGUCUCGACAGAGAUCACAAUAUUAUGAUCAUAUCUCUUGUUUUACGAUCUAUUACCGAUUUCUCUUAUGUAUUACAUAUCAUCUUUCGGUUUAAAAUGGCACUAGAUAUGUCCAAGGAACUUAGUCAAUCCAUCUUCACAAAGUUUCCUUGGUCUUAUCUUUUGAUAGAUGUUUUAGCCAUUCUUCCUCUCCCUCAGGUGGUGGUUUUAGUGUACUUCUCCAAGAUUACAGGAUCAAGUUCUUUGACAGCAAGAAAGUUCAUCAACAUACUACUUCUUCUCCAAUACGUGCCUCGGAUUCUUCGUGUGUACUUCUCAGCCAAAGAUCUAGGAAGGGCUUUUGACUCACUCACACGACGUCUAUGGGUCAGAGGUGCCUUCUUUUUCUUCCUCUAUGUUAUUUCUGGUCAUGUGUUUGGUGUUAGAAUGUGGAAAGUGAUGCAUGGUAAGAAGUAUGAGGUUCCAUCUCAAAACCAAUUGGUGAUGAGUGGAGUAACUCAUACUCUUAUAAAUGGUAUGAUAAUCCCACAUACUUUCCAUGUGAGAUUCUAUUCUCUAACAUCCCCCUCAAGAUGGUGGCUAUUUUUGCUCACCAAUCUUGGACGGCUCGAUCACAAGUGGCUCGUUGGCUCUUUUGGCUCACUAUCCCCGAAUCACAAAGGGCUCUUUUGGCUAUCUUUUUGGACCGGUUUUGGAUUUGGAUCGGACAUACUCGUUAGAGUUUUCUUUGGCUCUGAUACCAUGUUAGAAUGUGGAAAGUGAUGCAUGGUAAGAAGUAUGAGGUUACAUCUCAAAACCAAUUGGUGAUGAGUGGAGUAACUCAUACUCUUAUAAAUGGUAUGAUAAUCCCACAUACUUUCCAUGUGGGAUUCUAUUCUCUAACAUUUGGAGCCUUUUGGUACUUCUAUUCAAUUUAUCGUGAAACAGCUUGCUGGCACGAUGCCUGUAAAAAUCAUUAUAAAGAUUGUAUUACUGGUCCUUUCGACUGUAGUCUUGGCACUCAUCCCAUUAAGAAUUUGGCAACACUCAAUCAGUACUGCCCAGUUGAUCCGCCAAAUCCAGAAAUCUUCAAUUUUGGAAUAUUUUCUGAAGCCAUUGAAUCUCGUAUAGUCUGCAAAACUGAUUUUUCCAAAAAAUUCUUUCGCAGUUUUUGGUGGGGUUUGAGAAAUUUGAGGUUUGGACAUUGCACAUAAAUAUACAUAUAUAUACUUGUAUUAUAUAUAAUCCUUUAAAUUAUUAAAUGUGUACAUAUAUUUAAGAUGCGACACUUCUAAUCUUCUUAUUAUCUCAUACUUCGCUCUCUCUCUCUCUUUUUUUUUUUUUUUGUAGUUCUUUAGGUCAAAACCUUGACACAACUAGCAAUGUACAAGAAAACAUAUUCGCAAUGAUCAUUUCGGUCUUGGGUUUACUUUUAUUUAUAUAUCUUAUUGGAAAUCUACAGACAUACAUACAGUUGGCAACCACAAAAUCAGUGGAGGCAAGAAGAACGCUAAGUAUGAAGCAAUUAGAAAUAGAUUAUUUUCUAUCAAACCAUGACAAUAUUUCAAAGUCUAAGAAGAAAGUCAUCAAGAGAUACCUAAGUGGAAUAAUUAGAGAAGACAAAGAUUUAGAUAUCAAACCCCUGUUUUCUCUACUAGAAGAGCAUGUUGAUCACAAUAAUGAGACAUUUGCAGCUUGGGUAAACAAAAUGAUGAACAAGAAAAAAUGUGAGAGGAACGCCGCCAGUGAACAAAUGGCAUAUUUGUGGAUGUCAAAAAAUGAAAUUCCUAAAAAUAUAAAGAAAAAGAUUAAGAAAUACAUACAAUUGAGAUUGCAAGAUGGAAAGGAUGUGGAUAUCAACCACAUUUUGCAUAUUCUUCCUCCAUCAGAUGUAGUGCUUAUUAAGAAACACAUGUGUCUCCCUAUGUUACAAAAAGUUCCACUAUUUCAAACACAAGGACGAAGUUGUUUACGACACAAUCUGCAAUUAUUUGAAGCCAGUCACAUAUUCAGAGAACAGUUAUAUCAUUCGAAAAGGAGAGCCACUUGAUAUGAUGCUCUUCAUAACACAAGG